GCGACAUCAGGGGAGGAGGAGGUUUAGGAUCUGCAUGUGGGUCAGUCAAUCUUCCCAAUGAACCAGAUUUCCAUGUGAAAUGUCUGGAUUUGCGUAAAGGAGGCGUUGAGGCUGAACGCUCCUUUAUCUGAACGAUCAUAACGACCACGUUAAUCAAAUAAUCUGCAGAUGAUGUUUUCAUGCAAACCACUCUGAGGGGGGGCGGGGGGUUCUGGUCAGAACGCAGACAGAACGGAUGUUUGUGGGACGUGAAACUGCGAAGGUUCAAAUCCAGCCUCAGCUUGACUGAUAUAUGCUGACCAGCUUUGACCUCUUUGGUGCCGGUUCUGACGGGUUCUGCUUUGACCUCUUUGGUGCCGGUUCUGACGGGUUCUGCUUUAACCUCUUUGGUGCUGGUUCUGACAGGUUCUGCUUUGAGGCUGUUUGCAUGUCAGAUGGAUUUGAAUAAGUCGUUUUGAGUUUUCUCGGUUUGCAUCCAGACAAAUCCUCGCUGCUGAUGUCGCACCGUCCUACAAACCAGUAAAGGGGGCGGGCUGAUCUAUAAAACCCGGACCGCUCUGGCUUCUCCUCGCUUAGACCGAUCAGAUCUUCUUGUUCAGGUCGAAGCGUCUUCAUCUCUCGUCAUGCCGGGAUCCAGACUGAGCGUCCUGCUGCUGGUCUCUGGAUGUCUGCAGGUCUGUGACCUUCACCCUGAUGUCGUGGUCAGGCGUUUCCGUUUCGUGGACCUGCAGAGAACCUGGACCGAAGCCCAGACUUACUGCAGAGAGAAGUUCCAAGACCUCGCCACCAUCCAGAACCUCAACAACAACACCGAGGCCCAGCAGGCGGCAGUGAACUCCCAGUUCUGGAUUGGGCUCUUCAACGGGACCUGGAGAUGGUCCCAGGACAAGGAGGAGGACAACAACCCCAGCACCUGGUUUGAAAAAUGGAGCACUCUCGAGCCCGGGACCGGCUCGUGCGUGAGCAUCAGUAAAGCUGGAGCGUGGUACGCCAAAGACUGCAGCACCCUGAACGCCUUUGUCUGCUUCAGCGCGGAAACAGGCCAGCACGUCCUGGUGGACCAGAAGAAGAGCUGGCCGGACGCUCAGGCUCACUGCCGGUCGCAGCACACGGACCUGAGCAGCAUCCGGAGUCUGGAGGAGAACACCCAGGUCUCUGCGUUGCUGCCAGACCCGGUCCAGACGGACCUGGGAGCCUUCUUUGGAGCUCUGCUCGGGGGAACCUACUCCACGUCCACCACGUCCACCACGUACGCCUGGAUCGGGCUGCACAGAUCGCCGUGGGCGUGGUCAGACGGCAGCAGCGCCGCCUACACGCAGUUUGGCCUGCUGCAGUCUAAGGGUAGAGACGACUGCGUCAUGAUGGACUCGUCUUCAUCCACCUGGUUCUGGCGCCCCUGCACCGAGAACCACACCUUCCUCUGCAACACAGACAUCAGACCGGUGGCGAUGCGGACGCUGAAGGUUCGGAUGAGCUCAGCAUCGGCAGACCUCACUGAUCCCGUCGUGCAGAACUCGGUGUUGCAGCAGCUGAAGAAGAGGAUGGAGGAUGAAGAAGGGAUGGAGGCCGUGAGGCUGAAGUGGAGGAUGCAGCCUGACGGACAGGUCUUCAGCCAGGAGGAGGGCACAGCGCCCCCUCCUGUCUGCCAGCAGGACGACGCCUGUGGGACGGCUUAACACGGAGGACGUGGGACCCGCCGUUCUCUAUUGUCUCAUUUUAGUCAGUUUGUUUUUAAAUGUUAACACAUAAUUCCUGAAAGAGUCUGUCAAGUAAACAAGAUAUUCUGAAAAAUCCAUUUCCAGAAAAUAUUAUUCAUUCCAUGUCAUCAAUAAAGAAGUUUAA